AUGCUUGGGUCGAGGUCGGGUUUCCAAGCAAAAGUAAAAUCCAAAGCACCAAAUGCAGUUGGUGUGCACUGCUUCAUUCAUCGGGAGGCUCUGGCUUCUAAAUCGCUUCCUUCUGGGCUUCUCACAAUUUUCACUGGUAUUGUCAAGGUCGUGAACUAUGUGAAAAACUCUGCCCUCAACACGAGACUGUUCCAGCAACUGUGUCAUGACAUGGAAUCCGAGCAUAGUUCCUUGCUCUUUUAUACAUCCGUCAGGUGGUUGUCUGCAGGGAGAUUUUUGUCCCGCUUCUUCUCUCUUCGCCAGGAAGUUGAAAUGUUUCUUGAUGUACAGAAAAAAUGUGACCUGUUGGAGAUAUUGAAAUCAGAACACUUUGAGUUCCGCCUUGCUUAUCUUGUGGACAUAUUUGAAAUCUUCAACCAGCUGAACUUGAGACUCCAAGGAAAGGAUUCAAACUUGCUCAGCCACUUUCUUGCUGAUGGUCAGCUUUCAAGUACCUUGUCCAAGGAAAUCAUGGACCACUUGUCUCAGCUAGAUGAUGAAUUUCGCCGUUACUUUCCUGACUUGAGCCCUCAGCAUGCAGGAUUAGCAAAAAAUCCUUUCUUAUGUCAGGUUGAUGAUGUGUUAGAAGACGCACAAGAAGAGUUCAUUGAGCUUCUCCAUGAUUCAACAGCCAAGAAUGUGUUCCAGUCAAACUCCUUGUCUAGCUUCUGGUGUUCAAUGAUGGAAUCAUCCAAAAUAAGUGAUCUGGCAGUUCGAGUUCUUUUGCCUUUUGCUUCAACCUACCUGUGCGAAAGUGGGUUUUCUUCAUUACUUGCAAUAAAAACAAAAUCAAGGAACAAGCUGUCUGUGGAAGAUGACUUGAGGUGUGCACUGGCUGCCACUGAGCCAAGGAUUCAUGAGCUGGUUGCUCAAAACAACCACAAAAGUCCCAUUGAGAAAUAUAAAGAGAGAUGGGUGGGCCUUGUAGCCAACAUGCUGAAGGGCAAGGCCCUGGAGGUGUAUGACAGGAUGUCAGUGGAGGACUUGAACGAGUAUGAGGAGUUCAAGGCUGACAUCCUGAGGGCUUACGAGCUCCGGCCAGAGGCUUACCGCCUCUAA